GGGCGUCUAUUCGUAAUGUUGCGUAAUGACGCAACAGAAGGGGGGGGUAGGGUUGCCCAGUUAGCCGUUGCCUUGGCUGCAAGCGGACGGUGUCAGUGUCCUUUGGUGUGCAAGAAGAACAAGAUGAUCCGUACCGUGCUGUCUCGGACUUUUCCCAGACUGAACCGACUAUCGGUGUGUCACUACUCUGCGGUUGCCAUCCCGACACCCAGCACCCAGCCCGACGUUCACUAUAACAAGCUAUUUAUCAACAACCAGUGGCAGGAUGCAGCGAGUGGGAAAACUUUCCCUACCAUCAACCCAGCAACUGGUGAAGUUAUCUGUCAAAUUGCAGAGGCUGAUGAGGCAGAUGUAGACAAGGCGGUGAAAGUAGCACGUGAUGCCUUUAGGUUGGGGUCACCAUGGCGACGGAUGGAUGCCUCUCAUCGUGGCCUGCUUCUUUACCGACUGGCUGAUGCCAUUGAGAGGGAUGCUGCCUAUCUUGCUGAGCUGGAAACCCUUGACAAUGGGAAGCCAUAUGCUGUUUCUUACACUGUGGACCUGCCCAAUGUGGUGAAAUGCUUCAGGUACUACGCAGGCUGGGCUGACAAAUGGGAAGGAAAGACAAUUCCCAUCGAUGGAGAUUAUUUCUGCUACACCAGACAUGAACCUAUUGGAGUCUGUGGACAGAUCAUACCGUGGAACUUUCCCCUUUUGAUGCAGGCCUGGAAACUUGGCCCUGCCCUUGCGACUGGGAACACUGUGGUGAUGAAAGUUGCAGAGCAGACACCACUCACAGCACUCUAUGUAGCCAGCCUGAUUAAAGAGGUGGGUUUUCCCGAAGGUGUUGUGAAUAUCUUGGCUGGCAUGGGACCAUCAGCUGGCGCUGCUAUUGCAAGGCACAUGGAUGUUGACAAGGUGGCCUUCACUGGCUCCACAGAGGUAGGUCAUCUAAUUCAGCAGGCUUCAGGCAGUAGUAACCUGAAGAAAGUCACUCUGGAAUUGGGAGGAAAGAGUCCUAAUAUCAUCCUCUCUGAUGCCAACAUGGAAGAUGCAGUGGAGCAGUCCCACUUUGCUUUGUUUUUCAACCAAGGCCAGUGUUGCUGUGCAGGCUCCCGAACCUACGUCCAAGCAGACAUCUAUGAUGAGUUUGUGGAGCGGAGUGUUGAACGAGCUAAGAGACGAGUGGUGGGAAACCCUUUUGACUUAAAGACUGAGCAGGGACCUCAGGUAGAUCAGGAGCAGUUCAACAAGAUUCUUGGCUACAUCAGCAGUGGGAAGCGAGAGGGAGCCAAGCUUAUGUGUGGAGGAGGAGUGGCUGCGGACAGAGGAUACUUCAUCCAACCUACUGUAUUUGGAGACGUCGAGGACAACAUGACCAUUGCCCGGGAGGAGAUCUUCGGUCCAGUGAUGCAGAUCUUGAAGUUUAAAACACUGGAGGAGGUGGUGACGAGAGCCAACGAUACUAAAUAUGGUCUAGCAGCCGCUGUGUUUACUAAGGACAUUGAUAAGGCCAACUAUGUCUCCAAUGGGCUCCGUGCCGGCACAAUCUGGAUUAACUGUUAUGACGUGUUUGGGGCUCAGGCUCCAUUUGGAGGUUACAAAGCUUCAGGCAAUGGCAGAGAGCUAGGAGAAUACGGUCUUGACAACUACACAGAAAUAAAAACGGUGACCAUCAAGGUGCCACAGAAGAAUUCUUAGAUGUGCAUUGAGCCCAAUCAACAACUGAUUGCUGUCAACCAAGAAUCAACUGAGUUACUGUGCUUUUCCUGUGAUCUGUGCAGUUUUCCUACUGCUUUCUGUCACAUAUCCAUAAUGCAUACCUGUUGAAUCAGUCCCAUUCAUUUCAGCACUAUAGAUUAUUUUUUGGACCGGCUAAAAAUGUACAUCUUUAAAUAAAAUAGUGGAUAGAAUUGUCCAACCUUUGAAUACAUUACUUACCAAUGAUCUCUCAAAUACCCAUACCAGAAUAUAGAAAAUUUACAUUUUCCACCUGAUUUGAGGUAAUCUUAAAAACUAUAUAGUCACAGUCUCUGUUUGUAAUACAUGGGCUUUAAGAUCUCAAAAUUUUCACAAUAAAUGCAUUUGAGGAACUCGC